ACCCCCUUGGAAAAUUGGUCUAGGGCAGAAGUGAGGCAAAUGAACUGUCUCGACGACGAGUUCGCCUGUUCUGACAGAUGCAUCGAAACUUCAUGGGUCUGUGAUGGGGAGUAUGAUUGUCCAGAUAGUUCUGAUGAGCAGAACUGCCCCAUUGGCUGUAGUGGGUCCAACAAGUUCAUCUGUGACAACGGAGAUUGCAUCCCUACUGCAUACCGUUGUGAUGGCGACAACGACUGUGGGGAUGACACAGACGAGAGGAACUGUCCAGAGAAGAGUACCUGUAAAGCUGACCAGUUCAUGUGUAAUGCUACCAGGAAGUGUAUCCCAGACAGUUGGAAGUGUGAUUUUCAAAAUGAUUGUGAUGACAAUUCGGACGAGCUAGGUUGUCCAUCGUGUUCGGGGCCUACUGUAUUCCAGUGUAACAACACAGGCUGUAUUCACAGUUCCUAUUAUUGUGACGGGGACGAUGACUGUGGAGACAACAGCGAUGAAGAAAACUGUCCGUGUGCCACUGAUGAAUUCACCUGCAAGUCAGGCGAAUGCAUAGGGAACAGAUACCAUUGCGAUGGGGAGUUUGACUGCAACGAUAACUCUGAUGAGACAGAUUGCCCAGACAUCCACCCAGCAGCGUGUGGCGAUAAGCUCACCCUUUCUGACUGUGCUCACAUGAACGUCACCUCGUACCCCAUCUGUCUAUACGAAGACGACGCCUUCAAGUACUGUAGAGAGUUUUGUGGUCUGUGCAUACAGAACUCGACGAACUCGACGAUCUCGACGAUCUCGACGAACUCGACGAUCUCGACGAUCUCGACGAACUCGACAGAUACCUCAAUUAUUUUAGAAGCGUUCGCAGUUUGUGGAAAUCAUUACUCCAAAGAACACGUCAGGAUGUUGAGCUCUCUCUGGAAGACGGUGUGUGUGUCUCUGCUUGUGGCGGCCGUUGUACAAGACUGUACAGCAAAAGGCAUCAAGGAUGCGAAGAAGUCCAAGAUGACCGGUGCCUCUCUCAAGAGGGCAGUAAGCUGUCAAAGCGACGAAUUCGCCUGUACUGACAGAUGCAUCGAUUCUGCUUGGCACUGCGAUAGCGAAACCGAUUGCCCGGACGGUUCUGACGAAUCGGGCUGCCCUACUGGCUGCUCUGGAUCCAACAAGAUCAGCUGUGCCAACGGGCAAUGUGUCCCAGCAGCCUACGCGUGUGAUGGAGACGACGACUGCGGAGAUCUCACAGACGAGAGAAACUGUGCUGCCGUUACUUGUCAAGGUCACCAGUUCAGGUGUAAUAUUUCCGGUUUUGGGUGCAUCCCUGACAGUUGGAAGUGCGAUGGGGAUAACGAUUGUGGAGACAACUCGGACGAGAUAGGAUGUUCCGGUUCAUGUUCAGCCAAUCGUUUCCAGUGUGCCAACACAGUCUGCGUUUACAGUUCCUAUAUUUGUGACGGGGACGAUGACUGUGGAGACAACAGCGACGAAACAGGCUGUACUUGUAGCUCUAAUGAAUUCACCUGCAAGUCAGGCGCUUGUAUUCCAAAAAAAUACCAAUGCGAUGGGGAGUUUGACUGCAACGAUAACUCUGACGAGAGGAGCUGCCCAGACAUCCACCCAGGGGCGUGUGGCGACAAGUUGACCCUUGCCGACUGUAUUCACAUGAACAGCACCACAUACCCCAUCUGCCAAUUCGAAGACGACGCCUUCAAAUACUGUAGAGAGUUCUGCGGUCUGUGCGACCAGAGCUAAUUUAGGUGACCGAUAGGAACAUGGCUACAGUCCAUUUUAUGUUCGAGGGCUGGCCAUGACUCUGAACUUCUUAGUUUGAUUUUUUAGUCAUCCCUCCCCGCACCCCUCUUUUAUUUAGAAAUAAAUAAAAAUCCAAAAUAAGAAGCAAAUCUAUCUCCCUAUAACGUGAACAGGGCACAGUGUCCAGGAAUGCGCAUAUUGUUUAGAUUAUUUUUCAUUCCUUUUCAAAAUAGUAUCAAAGAUUUUAAAUUGACCACACAUAAUAUGCACUCUGCGUUGCAGACCUUUUUGCACACACGCCAUAACUCAUGAAACACCAAUAAAACAAUACCAAUAAUUUACA